AUGAUGCGUAUCUAUGAAUUGUAUGUUAUAAGCAUUCGAUACAAUCGUCCUCUCAGAAUUCAAUAACGGGAACUUUAAAGUAAUAAUUUUUCAGAACAGUACUUGUGACUUUUUUAUUCAUUCCAAAUACAGAGUCUCUCAACAUAUUUCUAUUAUUAAUCGCUAUCCAGCGCUUCAUUAUAAUUUUUGACUUUCAAUCAAUUCAAAAAUUCGUCGUUGGAAAAUGGUUGAAGUUUUGGAUAUGCGUUGCAUAUAUUUAUAUAUUUGUUGGAAUGAUCUACUUCAAGCGUUACUUUGGGGAGUAUGUCACACCGUGUUAUUUGGCCCGAAUCGUUUUAGAUAGUCAUGAAUAUAAAGAUAGCGCGUUUCUCUUGCUGAUCGACAUUGUGCUCAUUCCAAUAAUUUCAAUCAUUUUUCAUAUUACUAUUUUCAUUGGGAUUCGUAGGAAUAAACAUAUUUAUUCAGCAACUCGGUUGAAAACUGAAACAUCAAUCUUGAUUCAGAAUAUUCCACCCGUUUUUUACACUAUUGUAAUUGAGUUUGAAACGAAGAUUUAAAUCAAAAAUUUUUUAAUACUUUCAGCCAAAAUUCUUAACAAUGUUAAUUUUAAAAUCAAAUACUGGUUUUUCGCAAAACAACGCAACCUUUCUAUAUUUCACGACUGGAAUUAUUUGCGAUGGUUCUUGUGAUAAUAUGAGUAUGAUAUGUGCGACGUAUUUGAUUAUGAAUAUUUCAAGAUACAAAUUUGUUGCAAAAUUAAGGGAAGCACGUUCAUCACAAGUUGCCCCAACAACUCAAAACUAA